AAUGAUUAAAUUAGAGGAUUGUAGUACUAAAAUAAUUACUAUAAAUUUAAAAGGAUUUAUAUUAGCUAAAUUACUUAAUAUUGAAAAUUUAGUUCAUUUUAGAAGUGAUAGUAGUAUUAUGCUCAGUCAUCAAAAUGGAGUUGCUGCAUAUUUUAAAAAAUAUAAUUCUUUUAUUACUAAUAAUUACUGUAUAGUAUAUCAUUUACAUCUUGCAGAUCAAGUUGCUGCUGAAAAAGUAUCAUAUUUUGAAAAAUAUAAAAAGUUAGUAAAAGGAAUUUAUACAUAUUUUAAUAGUCCUUAUAAAAGAUUAUUAAUACUAAAAAUGGUACAAAAUACUUUAAAAGAACCUGAAUUAAUAAUAUUAAAUAUUUCAAUUAAAGAAGCAUUAUUGGAUGAAGCAGCAAAUAAUAUGCAGGCAGCUAUUUUAUUAGCAGAUAUUUAUCAAACUUUUGAAAUUUUACCAAUAUCUGAUAAUAAUUUAGCAAACUAUGGUAAUGAAGCAAUUAAUAUUCUUAGUAAUUUUUAUGAAACAGAAAAAGUUAUUAAUAAUUAA